GUAAAGUUUAACCUUUGAAAAUUUGAAUUAAUCAACUUGAAAUGGUGAAUAUAAUAAUCAAGGAAAAAAGAUAGGUGUAUGGGAGAUAUAUUAUCAAUAUCGGGAUUAAAUGAAAUAAAAGAUGUAUUUGUCUCAUUUUUAUUAAACUAUUAGUGGAGGUGGAGAGUAUAAUUCUGACGGAGUAAAAAUUGGGGAAUGGAUUGAAUAAAGUGAUAAGUUUAAAUAUGGGAAUUAAUCUACAUGGCGUGGUUAGUAUGAUCAACAAGGUGUGAAAGUAGGAACAUGGGAGAUAUAUUUUAGAGAAUUAGGAGAUGAAAAACCGAAUAUUAAAAUGUAUCUAAACCAAUAUUUAUUCAUUAUUAGUGGCGGGGGAGAGUAUGAUGAACAAGUAAGAAAAAUUGGAAAAUGGGUAGAGCAAAAGGAUGGAUUUUAUUAUAGCAACUCUAUGAACAAUAAAUACAUAUUCAUUGGAGAAUAUAAAGAUGGAGUUAAAUAGGGACAAUGGAAAGACAAUAAAUUAAAGUGA